UUAUGCAGCCUAUGCUUGAUAUUGCUGCAGAGGUUGGAAAGGGGGUGAAGGGUCCAUCACCCUAUGAGAUAUCUGAAAUUUAUUUGGAGCAAGAGUAUCAAGAAAUGAAAAAUUAUAUAGCUUCUUUUGCUGGAAUUUGGAAGGAAAGAGGUGUAACACUUAUGUGUGAUGGUUGGUCAGGACCAACUAGAAAACACAUUAUAAACUUUUUAGUUUAUUGUGAUAGAGGCACCGUGUUUCAUAAAUCAGUUGAUGCCUCUGAUGUGCCAAGCAGAACAGCUGAAUAUUAUUUCAGAUUAAUGGAUGAGGUGGUUGAAGAAAUUGGAGAGGAGAAUGUUGUCCAAGUAGUGACUGAUAAUGAAGCUGCAAUGAAGGCAGGAGGAAAAUUAUUAAUGCAGAAGAGGCCCAAUCUCUAUUGGACAGCAUGUGCAGCUCAUUGCAUAGACCUUAUUCUUGAAGAUAUUGGUAAGAAAAGUAACGUGAAGAAGGUCUUAGAAGAUGCAAGAACAAUAACCUCAUUUAUUUACAACCACACAUGGACAGUGAAUUUCAUGAAGAAAUUCACAAAUAAUAGAGAGUUACUUCGCCCUGCCAUCACUCGAUUUGCCACAAAUUUCAUUGCUUUGGAGACUAUUGUCAGGCAUAAACAAGCACUAAGGGAAAUGUUUACAUCUGAUGCUUGGAAAAACUCAAGGUUUGGAAUGGCAAAAUCAGGCCCAGCAUAUGAUUCAAAGAAAAUUAUCUUAGGCAAAGAGUUUUGGCAAAAGGCCUCUGAUAUAAUUAAAGUGCAAGAACCCUUGGUGAAAGUUCUUAAAUUGGUUGAUGGUGAUGAAAAACCAACCAUGGGCUUCAUAUACGAGGCAAUUGAUAGGGCGAAGUUGGCCAUUCAAAAAGAUUGCCGGUUUUACAAAGACUAUUGGAAAAUUAUUGACAACCGGUGGAGUUUUCAGUUGCACCAAGAUUUGCACGCUGCUGGGUAUUUUUUGAACCCACAAUUUCUUUAUGGUGCCCCACCCUCUCCUGAAGUUGCUAGAGAAGUCAUGGAUGGAGUUAAAAAAGUGAUAACCAAGUUGGUACCCGAUAUAGAUACUCAAAUUCGGGCUAUUAAUCAAUUGUUGCUAUAUCGAGAUAGGCAGGAGACUUUUGGAACCCCGUUGGCUCAAAGGGCAGUGAAACAAACAAAUCCUGCUGAAUGGUGGAUUCAUUAUGGCUUGUGUGCUCCUGAGCUCCAAAGAAUAGCAAUUAGAGUUCUUAGCCAGACCACAUCAGCUUCGAACUGUGAGCGUAAUUGGAGCACCUUUAGCCUCAUCCAUACGAAAACAAGAAAUAGAUUAAAGUAUAUGAGACUACAAAAACUUGUUUUCGUACAUUACAACAUGAGGUUAAAGUUAAGACGUACAAUGAGAAGAAGCCAACGAGAAAUUGAAGAGGGUUUCAAUCCUAUCAAUUUGGACUACAUUUUCGAAGAAGAUGAUCCUUUAAGUCAAUGGUUAGAGGAGAGAGAGACACCACUACUCGAUGGUCAGGACAAUUCAAAUUGGUUAAAUGAAGAGGUUGGUGGUACUACAGAAGGAGGUGAUCAACCACCAAUAAACGCGCAUGAUGAUUCAGGUUCAAGCCCUGAACGUACACAAAGUGAUGACAAUCUUGGUUUGAGCCCACCAAGUGAUGAUGAUGGUAAUAGUGGUGCUGGAGCUGGGGUUGGGGGGGGUGGCAGUGGUGGUGGUGGAGGCGGCGGUGUAGAAUAUAAUUAUGGAUAUGAUACAGGGACAUCAUUUGGAAGGGAUAUAUAUCCUUCUGAUCCUUAUGGAUUACAUGACAUACCUGAAAAUUAUGACUUGGGUAUUCCUCCAGGGAACCAAUCUUCACAACCCAGGAGAAGGAGGAGUGCUCGUGGUGACCCUAGCGAUUCUACUGAAGAUUCAUAUGGUGUGGUUCGUAGUUUUGGCGACUUUGGUUUAGAUGGUUCAUCAUCACAAUCAUUUGGAUCUCAUCCAGCAUAUCCACAUUAUGCAUCUCGUGACUCACAUUUUUAUCCCAGUGGAUUAGGAAUCUCAGGAUCUAGUGAGUCUUCUUCUACACACUACCCAGAGCCAGCCCCUGCCCCAACUUAUAGACAUUAUUCAGGAGAAUUUUCAUCACCAGUACAUUUUCAAGAGCAACAACAAAAUGAUGCAAACUUGGGUUCAUUCAACUAUGUAUUUCCACAAGGAUGGGGAGAUAAUUUCCCAUCCCAAUCUCAAGAUACAGAUGCAAAUUAUGAAGACCCUCCACGUCAUUCUUUUUGGUGGUGACAUGUGUUAUAUUAUAAAUUUGUAAUAUUGUAUUCAUGUAUUUUCAAUUAUUUAUUGAUAUUUGAUAUUAAUCACUUUUUAAAUUCA